CUCGCGCUCCGCCCACCGCGGUGACAAACGCGGAAGAGGACCUCUCACUUGGAACUUGUUUCUGGUCCAAGGAACAUGUCCCAGGCUCUGCCCUUUGCAAGACACAAGUUGCUGGCAGAAAGAGUGACCUCAUCUCUCUGGCUCAAAUUGUCAGUUUGCAUAAUCUCUGAAGGCUUCUUUGACUCAGGUGAGGGACACUUUGAUGUUGCUGCCUCUCAUCAAACUGACCACAAGGGCGAAGAGAGAAGAUACUGUAUGUGAGACUGGACCAGAGAGGGAAUGGACUGGAAUGCUGUCGGGCACAGGGAACACAGUACUCUCCUGAGAGCCUCUUCUCUGCCUCACCGAGUGGACUGCUAUUUUCUUAUGGUAAAAGGCAUGUAGGAGUUUGCUAUCCACCAAGCGAAGUUUUUGCUGAGCCCAAACAAGAUUUUUGCCGCAGAACUGAUCAAGAUAUCAUUUCAUUCCAUCUUUGCAUCUUUUAAUCUUCCUGGUUGUAGUCUUAUCUGUUUGGCCCUGAGAAUUUUAAGCUACAUACAUUACUGUUAUUUUUGUAUACACCUUUCAAAAUGAUUGACUUAAGCUUUCUGACAGAAGAGGAACAAGAUGCUAUUAUGAAGGUUCUGCAGCGGGAUGCUGCCCUGAAGAGGACAGAAGAGGAGAGAGUGAGACAUUUGCCUGAAAAAAUUAAGGAUGACCAGCAGCUGAAGAAUAUGAGUGGACAAUGGUUUUAUGAAGCUAAAGCAAAAAGGCACAGAGAAAAAAUCCAUGGUGCAGAUAUCAUCAGAGCAUCCAUGAGAAAGAAGAGGCUCCCAGGAGCAGCUGGGCAGAGUAAAGACAGAGCAACCAGUGCAAAGGAAAGCUGGGUGAAUAAUGUCAACAAAGAUGCUUUCCUUCCCCCAGAACUAUCUGGUAUCGUAGAAGAGCCAGAAGACAAGUCAGCCCCAGCAAACCCAAGUUCCAGUGCAGUAAAUCCAGCUUCGUCUGUGAUGACUAUGUCCCAGGAAAAUACAAGGAAAGCACCUUUGUCUCCAGCCAAGCAAAGAAAGAAUCCAUUUAAUGGCUCCAAGUUACCAGAAGAUCACUUAUUGCAACAAACUAAAAGUGAGCAGUCAGAAAAUGGAAGCAAUGGUUUACUUCAGAUUUCAAAAGAGGAUGAAUUAUCAGAGUCAAAAGAAAGGUCAUCUAACCAAGAUACAUCAAGCCAGAACUUAGAGAAAUCAAAGCAGACUGUGCCAGCAUAUCCUGAAAAUGGAUCCCAAAUCAAGGCUCCAAUCCCUAAAGCCAGAAAACUGAUUUACAAAUCAAAUGAUGUAAAGCAAGAUGAUAGCCAGUCUUUUCCUAGACAAAGGAUAGACUCCAUGAAUGCCAGAGGGGCUCCGAGAGGGAUCCUCAAACGCAACUCCAGUUCCAGUAGUACAGACUCUGAAACUCUUCGUUUAAAUCACAACUUUGAACCCAAAAGCAAAACUAUGUCACCCGGCAUUACCAUCCAUGAGAAGAUUUCUGAGAAAGAGCAUUCUUUAGAAGAUGACCCUUCCCCAAGCUCAUUGGAGCCAAUGAAGCAUGUGAGAUUCUCUGCAGUAAAGGAUGAACUUCCUCAGAGUUCUGGGCUAAUCUGUGGCAGGGAAGUGGGAGAAUUUAGUGUUUUAGAACCUGACAGGUUGAAAAAUGGAACAGAAGAUUCAGAGGACAUAGAUGAGCCUAAACCAUCCCAGUACAAAAAGCCUCAGCCUUUUCAUCAGUCAGCCUCAAGCCCAAGUUCAUCAGAAAAUGAAACAUAUCUCCCAGUGACUUCUGGUUCUUUUCCAAAUGAUGGGCUGCAGUCUCACACAGAAGUUCUAAAUGCAGAACCACAGUCCACUGAGAAUUCACCCACCAUCAGUGAACACCAAGCUAAAUCAUCAAAAUUAACAAGGCUUGAAUCAGAAUUGUGCCCAAACCCUGCUGAUGAACUGUCUCAUUGUGUUGAGCCUGAGCCAUCUCAGGUGCCAGACUGCAGUUCUAGAGUCCAUCAGCAAGGUAAGCCCCCUCUUCUUAUGACUCCAAAAGCUAAGACAUCCUCAGGCUGUGGUCCAUGUGUCACUGAGAUAAAGAAGACAACUGAUGAUUCCAUAUCUAAAGUCCUAGACUGGUUUAACCAAAGUGCUUAUUCAGAUGACAAUAAGUCAUCCCUCCAACUUCCCCAAGGGAAAGAGCCCAAAGAAAAAAUAGACUCCAAGUCACAAGUUCCUAUUGCCUCUGUAACAGAUGACACAAGUCUAAGAGAAAAUGGCUCCAAAGCCCUGUCACCUACCAAAGUUAAAAUGAAGCCUGUAACAUCUGAUUUGACAUUUCAAGUAGAAAGAGAGAAGCUGCUUUUUGAAGAGUGCCAAGAUAAUGAUGCAAAUAUUAAAUCCAAAUAUAUGAAUUUGUCCCAAGAAGACUCCUCAGAAGGUCUGGGUGUACUGCAAGCACUUGAAAGCAAUCGUGCUUUAAGUCAAGGGAAUAAAAAUAUGGACUCUAGCCAAGAUUCAAAAAGCAUAGGAAAAGGAAAUGGGGUACUUCACUCAAUCAGUAACUACUCCUACAAUCUUCUCAAAGGAUCUUAUGCAGAAGUACACAUUCCAUAUAACACUAAGAAUAUUGGCAGCUUUGGUAAAGAAGAUCACAAGCUUCAUGAAAAUGAAAAAAAUAAAGGAAACUCAGAAGUCAAUUUUGACUCUUCAACAGUUGUCCAAGAGUCAAAUUUGAAAGACAACAUGAAAGUAGAGAGAAAGAGCAAAGAGGACAAAACUUCCAUGCUGGAAAGUUCUUUAGAGACAGAGAAUAGUGAGUUGCUACCUAGGACUGCCAACAAUGAAUCUCCUUGGAAGAAGCCUGAGGUCCAACUCCAGCAGGAAGCUGGUGAGGUUCCCAAGAGCCAAGUGCAAAGAGAGAAAUACAAAAGAGUGAGGGAAAGAAUAUCCUUUUGGGAAGGAGAGAGAGCAGCUGCUGCUAAGUUAACUCAUAAAGAACCCACAUCUUCAGGUAGCCAGGAACAACCUGCUAAUGCAUUGCAGCCUGAGAUGUCAUGGGGUGCAUCCUUGGACAGUUUAUGUACAGGCCAGAGUGAAUUUACUCAAGUCACUGCCAAACUAGUGGUCCUUGAUGAAAAUGAUCAAGUUUCCCAUCUCUCUGGUUUUUACUCCUCAAAUAAACCUAAAGAGACCAAACCCCAAAUAUCAGGUUCAUCCAAAAACUAUCCUUUAACCGACCAAUCAGAUAAAGUGUCUCUGUUUCAUAAUGAGAUAAAUGAAGAUAUAAAACAAUUGCCAGUGGAAGACAGUUUGCAUUCUAGAAGAGACAUUCCUUUACCAGUACUGCAACAACCAUCAAAUACUGAGUGUGAAAUGUGUACUUCUCGGGAUAAACAUAGAUUUCUAAUUGGUGAAUCAAGUGCCAACUUUAAAGUUAUGUCCUUAAAAGAAAGAAUGGAUGAACCCAAUACAGAACAGGUCUAUCAUUACUCUCAGUUUGAAAAUUUGAAAAAGUUUUGGGACCAAGGAACUAAUUCAAACAGUAAGGAUAAUAAUUAUGAGAUGGAUACUACAAGCCAAAAAAAUCCUGUGGCUUUUAAUAACCAAAAACACAAGACAUUAAGUGACACUAAAUCAUCAGGAAAAAAUACCCAUGAAACAGAGGCACUUUUAAGCCAAAGCAACAUUAUGGUGGGAGAAGAAGUGGAUAAAUUAAACUCAAAGAGCAUAUUGCAGGUGCUACCAGAUGAUACCACAUUUCCUUUAAGAUCAUCCAGAAAGUCCACUCAUCAAUUGGCAGGAAAUGACUCAUCAGAGGAAAAUGGGGAGAAGAAUAUGGAAUGGUUUCUUACUCCAGUGCUUAAAGAAGAAAGAGAUUGCUCAGAGCAAGAGAUUCAAGAAUCCAUAGUGAAAACAAGUAUUGAGUCUAAAGACUACAAAGAUGUUUUUAAUGACAGCUUACAGAAGCUGCUUUCAGAAGCUUCAUUGGUAAUUCAACCUUCUAGUGGAAAAGUUUGUGGAAAGCAACUACUUGAACCAGGUGUUUCUGAAGAUGGGAAAUGGGUUCAAAAGACAGAUUUUUCUGAUAAUAAACAAGAAGCCAAAGGACCUACAGAGAUCCCUAAUGAGCAUGUACACAAAACAAUCGUACCAAGUCUAGACAAACUCCUUAAAGAAACAACUGGAACCUCACACUCUUCCUUGCAAACUAAAAUGGAACCUAUUACCACUGCAACCAACUCGCAGCCUAAACAGGAUAGAUUUUUUGAAAAGGAGAUAAAAGAAAAUCAAAAUACUUCAUUCUAUCAAAGAGAAAUAAUACCUCCUUUUCCAGAGGGGUAUAAAACUUCAGGAAAUGUAACUCUCACCCAGAAAGCUGAAAGUAUUGAGUGCCAGUUCAACAAAGAGAACUUGUUUCAGAUGACUGCAGAAGGCUCUCCUGCACUGGCCCAGCCUUCACAUCUUCACGGAAAAGAUUCCUUUCAGGAUGUGGCCAACUUUCCACAAGAUAUGACUUAUUCCAGGGAUGCUCAUCUUGCUUAUCAAGAUAAGGCAUUGUCUCCUCUAAGGGAAAUUUCAGAGACCAUAGAGAGAGUCAUUCUUGCACCCAAACCUGCACUGAAUGAUGUAAAUGAUACAUUACAGCGGCUCCUUAGAGAAAUUUCCUCAAGUUAUCCAUUUGGGAGGGAAGUAGGUCCUGGAGAAAUGAAAGCAGAUUUUUCUGAAGAAGUGCAAACAGAAAGUAACCCUCCAAAUCCUCUGGAAGCGAUUCCGCCGGGAACUGCAGUGAAUACCAUUGUUCCAGACAGGAAGGAAUUUCAUACAUUCACUGUAUUUCCUGAUGAAGUCGGAUCACAUUUAGCUCUCCAAAUGGCUCCAUCAGAACAGCUCACUAACUCAUCUGUUUCCACUGUGGCUCAGUGUGGCAAAGAGCAACCUCAGGAAGUAGUAGAAAUUGUGAGGGAAACAAUUAUUCAGCCAAAAUCAGAGUUCCUCAAAUUCAGUACUAACUUAGAAAAAAUACUCGAGGAAACACUACAAACCUAUCCCUCAAAAUAUGAAAAGGGUACAGGAACCCUUUCUCUAUCAGAGUUUAUAGGGAGUACUGAGGAACCCAGGCAAGCUGCUUCUGAAUUCCAUCCUGAGGAAAUAGAAGAAAUGAUAGAAAAGGCUGAGGCUCUGCCAAUAACUGAGAGUGCUUUUGAUACUGGAUUUAAGAAACUUCUUAAAGAAAUAUCUGAGGAUCCUCUUUAUCAGUUCCAGGUGUCAGUGAAGGACUACACUCCUGAGAAGGAGCCCUCAGGGUCAGAGCAGGCCGGAUUCCUGGACACAGUGCCCCAUUUUUACUGGGCAACCUCAGGGGCCUUGGAAAUAAAAGAUAAAAGUAGUUUGGAAUCUCAGGUCCACCAGUGUGAUAAAGUGUUGGGAGGAGAUGAAGGUGUGACUGAUUUAUUAGUAGAUCUUUGUGGUUCCACAAGUAGUAGGGUUGAGAUCGCUGGAACCCCACAACUUUAUGUGGACCAUGAAACAGAAACCAUUAAAUCUAUACGAACUUCAGAGGACAGGGACAGGGAAAGAGACCUCACAGAGGGACAAGGGAAUUUUCAGGAACCUGGCUUUGAAGAGGCUCCUAAAGCAAUUAAUCUGUCCAGAAAUAAGCAACCCAUUCCUCUCCUGACAAACAAAAAAACCUCUACAAAAAUAAGUAAAGUUGAAUUGAUGCUAGCAUCAUCAUAUAAGAGACAAGACAAAGAACAAGAAAAAGGUUUCUCUGAUUCUGAUUUUUCAGAUGGAAACACCAGUUCGAAUGCAGAAAGUUGGAGAAAUACCUCCAGUUCAGAAGAAGAACCCAGUUCUGUUUUGAAAACUUUGGAAAGGAGUGCUGCUAGAAAAAUGCCUUCCAAAAGUUUAGAAGACAUUUCAUCAGCUUCAUCAAAUCAAGCAAAAGUAGAUAAUCUGCCAGAAGAAUUAGUACGUAGUGCUGAAGAUGAUCAAAAAGCAGAUCCCCAACCAGAUACAAAUGAAUGCAUACCAAGAAUUUCUACAGUGCCUUCACAACCUGAUAAUCAGUUUUCACACCCUGACAACCUCAAAAGGAUGAGCAAAUCUGUUCCAGCAUUUCUACAAGAUGAGAGUGAUGACAGAGAAACAGAUACAGCAUCAGAAAGCAGUUACCAGCUCAGCAGACACAAGAAGAGCCCGAGCUCUUUAACCAAUCUUAGCAGCUCCUCUGGCAUGACAUCCUUGUCUUCUGUGAGUGGCAGUGUGAUGAGUGUUUAUAGUGGAGACUUUGGCAAUCUGGAAGUGAAAGGAAAUAUUCAGUUUGCAGUUGACUAUGUGGAUUCACUGAAGGAACUGCAUGUUUUCGUGGCCCAGUGCAAGGACUUAGCAGCAGCAGAUGUUAAAAAACAGCGUUCAGACCCAUAUGUAAAGACCUACUUGUUACCAGACAAAGGCAAAAUGGGCAAGAAGAAAACACUAGUAGCAAAGAAAACCUUGAACCCUGUGUUUAACGAGAUAUUGCGGUAUAAAAUUGAAAAGCAAAUCUUAAAGACACAGAAGCUGAAUCUGUCUGUUUGGCAUCGAGAUACAUUUAAGCGUAAUAGUUUCCUAGGAGAGGUGGAACUUGAUUUGGAAACAUGGGACUGGGACAACAAACAGAAUAAACAAUUGAAGUGGUACCCUCUGAAGCGGAAGACAGCACCAGUUGCCCUUGAAGCAGAAAACAGAGGUGAAAUGAAGCUAGCUCUCCAGUAUGUGCCAGAGCCAAUUCCUGGUAAAAAGCUUCCAACAACUGGAGAAGUGCACAUCUGGGUGAAGGAAUGCUUUGAUCUUCCACUACUAAGGGGAAGCCAUCUAAAUUCUUUUGUUAAAUGUACCAUUCUUCCAGAUACCAGUAGGAAAAGUCGCCAGAAGACAAGAGCUGUAGGAAAAACCAACAACCCCAUCUUUAACCACACCAUGGUGUACGAUGGGUUCAGACCUGAAGAUCUAACGGAAGCCUGUGUAGAGCUCACUGUCUGGGACCAUUACAAAUUAACCAACCAGUUUUUAGGAGGUCUUCGGAUUGGCUUUGGAACAGGUAAAAGCUAUGGGACUGAAGUAGAUUGGAUGGAUUCCACUUCAGAGGAAGUUGCUCUCUGGGAGAAGAUGGUAAAUUCCCCCAACACUUGGAUUGAAGCCACACUGCCCCUCAGAAUGCUUUUGAUUGCCAAAAUUUCCAAGUAAGCGCAGAGUCUACUGGCUUCUCCACUGAAAAUUAUUACAUAGAUGGAACCUGAUCGUGACAAAAAUCUUCACUUCCUAUUUGUCACUCUUGAUGAACGCUACACAGCACAUUAAAGUCAGUCUGCAUGUGUUUGUUUUAGUACAAGGCCCAAGGGAUUUAAAUAAUGAGAAAAUGUGUGGCUUACUUAUGAUUCCAACAUUAACGAAGAUAUUUGACCAAGCUAGGAAAACUUAACUGUUCCUGCUUCUUCAAAGAAAAAGCUGCCAAGAAAUACUGAAUGUGGGUUAUUUUCAACCAGCAAAAUUUUCUAGUUUGCCAUUGUGUGUUUCAUACCCCAAUCUUAUGUUCCAGUUAAGAUCUUCUACUUGAUUACCAGAAAAUGUAGGACUUGUAAAUAGGUAGAAAAAUAUAAUAGAACAUUAUUCGUGGGAUGGGGCUGGGGGAAGAAGAAUAUCAAUGAUGACAAAGAAUUAUACAAUAAGACAAGUAUAUAUUAGGUAAUCUCCAAUAUAAAAUGGAAUUCCAUGGUAGAGUAAUAAGACUGAUUUACUGCAUUUAUUUUUGCCUUCAGAAACUGCUUGCCCUUUUCCUUGGAUUCAAAUGUACUUUGGUGCCACCCACUGGCUAAAGUGGAAUUCAGUUCUUGGCUUAUUUUGGUUUAAUUCUAACCUAAAAUAGGUCUGUAUUUUAUAAUAAAGUACGUUUUAAACAAACUUGCAUAAUAUGAUUGUUUUUCUUACAGCUUUAUAUUACAUGAAUUCAGCAUAAGGGUGGUUCACAGACAUGCUUUGCACAAAGUUUAAAUUAGAAUAUAAAUUGUUCAAUUUUACUAUACUUCCUAUGUGUGUAUAAUAUUCAUAAAAUAUUUUAUAAAAUCCCUUGGAAUAAAUUAUCAGUUUAUAUUCUAUUGGAAAAUUAGCCUGACUUUAUGUUUUAAAUACAUUUUUAUUAGUGCAUAUUAAUUUACAAAGCACUGGGUUUCAAUAUGGUAUUUUCAUACAUGCAUAUAACAUUUUGAUCAUAUCUAUCUCCACAUUACCCUCCCUUAUCCCUUCUCCUCUCCUUUUGUUCCAUA